CUUUAUUAUUUGUGUAGUAAAACACAAGCCUUAUACUCUCCUGUAAGCGCCAUAGGAGGUUAAUAACGAGUUUAUUACGGACCUGUAAGAGUUGAGAAGGUGCGUGAUGGCGGCGGAGAUGAGCAGCAUGUCCAGUGUUUUAGCGUUUCAGACUCAGAUCGCAUCAGUGAUGGAGGUGUUCGCUAACGCCGCCGUAGCCGAGAUCUGUAAAGUUGUAGAGGUGAGUUAUACGGAGUUACAGAUGGAGAUGCUGAAGAGCCAAAAGGAGAACACCCUGCUCAAGCGGAGACUGAAGAUGAUCGAAAUGAAGGAGUCGUUUUAUAAAAGAGCCAGCAAGCUAAAAGAUUCUGCGGGGGGAGAGGGUGGAAGGGUGCGUGUAAAGAUUGGCACAACAGAGUGUGAACGGCCCCCCCCUGAGGAGACACUGCCACAUGAUCUUGUAACACACACACCUCCUCAACAGGAGUGUGUGAUGGAGUGUGUGGAGCAGGAUGCACAAUCUGACGUUCUCAUGCUGAAACAGGAAAGGACCGAAAAUGUCAACAAGGAGCAAGAGACGGAGAUUGGAGGCACAACAGGCAAAGAGAACGCCCUUCAGCAUGAUUCGCUCCAGCAACAGGAGUCUGAAGAAGAACGUGAUUUUCUGAAAGAAGAAGCCUGUGAAGAGAGAGGAGAUGCAUCAGCACAUGACGGAAGUUGUGCUGAUGAAGGCACUUCAAGUGUAGAAGCUGACAACGACAUCGCUGUAGCUGACGCAUCAUGGGAAAACAACAUGUUUGAGUCCUCCCCCCAUAAUGUCCCGUACUCUGGAGCUGACAUCAGUGCAGGAACUUCCAUUAACGAUUAUUUAAUGCACAGAGACGCUGUAUGUUCUUACAGCACCGAGCUCGGAUCCGUUAGUAACGCGUCUUUCCCUGAAGGUCACUUUCCACAUGCUGACGAGCGAAUCGUUUCAGAGUUGCAUGCUGGCACAUUUAAACCUGACAGGUUCGUGGUGUGUAAGUAUUGUGGGAAACACUUCCCGCACACUAGCGCACUUGUCCUGCAUCAGCGCGUCCACACCGGCGAGAAGCCAUACUACUGCGCUCUGUGCGGGAAGCGCUUUAGUCAAGCGUCCAGUUUGAAGAAACACUACGGCAUGCACCGAGGUGAGAAACCCUUCAGCUGCCUUCACUGUGGAAAACUGUUCUCAGAUCAGAGCAACCUGAAAAAGCAUGUUAACGUGCACACAGGCGAGAAACCGUAUGGCUGCGUGCAGUGUGGCAAAACUUUUAACCAGUCCUCCAACCUGAAGACACACAUGAAAAUCCACACACGGGAAAAACCGUUCAGCUGCGAGCACUGUGGCCAGAUCUUUGCCUACAAAAGCAGUCUGGUGAAACAUCAGCAGAGGAACUGCCUUACGCUUCAGAACCCUCUGCAUAACUCAUUGCCACAAUUUUAGACUCUUCUAAUCCUGGGAGUAAUUUUUUGCAUUAUAAGGAUACUGUACACAGUUAGGGUAAUCUGACCCACCCUGGAGUGACGCUUUCAUGUGGUGUUUAAUCCUUUCUGGAUAAAUAAUGUUAUUUUCUCCUCUUCAGAGAACAUCCCUGCACAGAAACUUCACAGGAGCAUGUGUUUGAAGGGUAUGCUCGGUUCCCUGGCUAGAGCAUUAAUAUGAACACUUCCCGUAGUAAAGGCCUUCAGACACUAUCCUGGUGAUUUAAUUAUUUUUCAUUAAAAACCACUUCCUGUUUAAUAAAUAGCUAUGUUUAAAAUGAUAGAGUUCAGUAUUAAAUAGUUAAAGUGG